GAUUGUCGCAUCGUUACAGUAUACAAAAGCGUUAUUAUUAGCUGCAUAUUGUUUGUUAUCCUAAUGAAAGCAAGUCAAAUUUAACCAUGACAGACCAUGGUAAGAAACGUCGAGCGAUGGACGAAACUGCCAAUGAAAUCAUCAGAUUGGAAACAAUUGAAAGAUUGCCUAGGAUUUGUACUAGUAGGAUUGAUAAUGAAUUGCUUAAAAAUGCAUCAAUACUAGCGAAUAUUCAAAUAAUGCAGCCAGAGCAGUAUUUUGUUGGAAGUGUGUAUGAAGGUUUUCCUCAUUUAGCCACAAACGACAUAGAUCUGAUGGUAUGUUUACAAACAUUUCCAAUAGUAUUGUGGGAAUCCAAAAAUGAAAGUGGGGCAUUUGUAAUAGCUGAGCAAGUUAAAAAUAGGCCUCCUACGUAUUUGAGGCUCAAGGUAGCUGACAAAGCAUAUCUGCCUAAGGAUUUCAGAUGUAUGAUUAAUGAAGAUGGAUACCUGAAAACCAGUGAUUUCAUAGCGAAAACUUAUUCACAUAACUCGUAUUUCGAGAAAAGUUAUAAAAAUGAGAUGAGACACGGUCCCGCAAUAAACGUUGGGUAUAAUUCAAAUUUCGUAGAUAUUGGAACCGGUCUAUUGGAUGUAGUACAUUGCCUGAAAUGUCAAUCAUGGCCGGAUUUUACUAGUGAAUUUUUAAAUAGAAACAGAGAGAACAACUGGCCAUCACAGAAGUUGAUAGACAAGGUCAAAGGUCUUGAAUGCCAUGUAGUUCCUGUUGGAUACCCAGGUAGUAAGUUGAAUACUAUUGAAUGGAGAUUAUCAUUCUCCAUAGCAGAGAGAGAGCUUAUUACUGAAAUGUAUGAACAAUAUGCUGAAUGCAUGUUUACUCUGAAAUGUAUCAAGAAAAAGUAUAUAAAGUAUGAAGAUUCUGUCAAACCAACACCAUUCAGCUCGUAUGUCAUAAAGACUGCUUGCUUGUGGAUGUGUGAAAAAUUUCCUCCUACAGACAGCGUCAUGGACUUAAUCAGAAAUGUUCUAGACUGGAUCAUUGACUGCUAUAAACAAAAACAUCUGCCUCAUUAUUUUAUUCCUCAACACAAUUUGAUUGGUCAUCUCCCACCUAAAGUUUGUGACGAUGUUGGAAAAAAACUAGCAGCGAUUAAGGGAAAUCUUUUUGCAAAGGUGUUAUCAAGUGUCGGUAGUGGUGACACAUGUUCUUGCCUUUCUGAUUUAAACCUUGAGUGUGAUAUGCUCAAUAUCAGUAAAGGCAAUGGAGAUGAUAAAUGCUCAAUACUACUAGAAAAACUCUUAAUCCAUCCAGAGACCAUUGAAUGCAUGCGUUCAAGUUUAUGCUUCAAGUUUAAUUUAGUAAAGAAUUUAAAGAUGCAAAAAUUUGCUACAUAUAACCAUACUUCAUUCGCCAGUCUCAUUACGGAGUACGUGCAGAAGGAUCCUUUAGUGAAUUGCAGUGUUCCAAAGGAAAUCAUAAUGCCAAUUGUUGACAAUAUUAAAGAGAUAGUCCCAAAGGGAUAUGUGGAAAUGUUCAAGACAAGUUUGUAUAGAUUCUUAGGUGAUAUUUACACUCAUUUAUUGGUAUGCUUAAGAAACAGUGGUGGUAUGUAUAAUGAAGAUCUAGCUAAUACUCCUUUGCAUUAUUAUAACUUAGGUGCUAAAAUGGAUUUCUCUGACAACUACGGUGACAAUGGCAUUGGUGGUGAAGUCCUUCUAGUAAAAUACCAUUACAUAAUGGGUAACUACAAAGGAUUGAAGCAGAUGUGUGACUGUAUACUAGAAAAGGACGGUCUUGGAGAAAAAAACUGUAGGCUUGCUUUUGUUCUAAUCGUACAGGAAGAGAAAGCUUUUUGCACAUCACCAAGCCUGUUCAGUGCCUGGGCCGCCGAUGAAAUAUUGCUUUACUAUGUCAAAUGUGUCAUCAGUAACAAGAUACUUUAUUGUCAUCCAAUUAUACUUGUUUUAUAUAUUAAAGCCAGAGUAUUACUUACUGAGGGAGACACAGAGAAUACAUUGAAAGUUGUGAAAGAAAUGAAGAAAUAUAUGAAUGAAAGAGAUUCUACAUAUAUUAGUACAGCCACCCCAGUGUUUAUAACUAUCAUUGAAAGUCUAACCAGCCUUCUUUGUGUGAUGAGAAUAAUAUACUACUAUCAUUAAAAUCUGACAAGCCUUCUUUGUGUGAUGAGAAUAAUAUACUCCUCAAAAUGUGGAUAGAUUAUAAUGGUUAAAUUAUACAUAGUUUUUAUUAUUUAAAACAUGAUCAUAACCCAUAAACACACAACACAAUGAUUAUGAUGCUUAAGGCUGAUGCUUACCAUGACGAAAAACAUAGGACGCUGCAACUCGCUUGUAAAUUGUGGAUGUAAAUCUAAGAAGAAAUUGUUGAACGGCCCCUCUAUUGUCGACGCCAUUACUGGGGGUUCCCUGAGGUUACUAAAUUAUGUAUUCUAAAGUAUGACAGCAUAUUCAGCUGAUUGUAAGAAUAUACAUUGUUUCUGAGAAACAAAUUUGUUGUGUAUUUAUGAACACAGCAAUUUAAUCUGUCUUUAACUGAAAUUGACUAAAAUAUUAAAGUGUGUGACCAAUUUUGCCAGCCAAUUUAUCAUGCGUUUUUAGCAACAGUAUAAUAGCACUUAAAACUAGACUUACUCUAUCUGUUUAAACAACUUUAAACAACAGAACAUAUGGCUUUUCCCCAUUAUUUUAAAAUGAAGAAAAUUGAAAGAGAGAAAUGAAGUUGAAAUUGCAACAAAAAGAAAUGUCGUUAAAAAGUAUAAAGUAAAAAAAAAAUUAAAAUAAAAAAAAACAUGGAAAAUCAAUGUAAUUUUAUAUUGUAAGUAACGGUAACAUUUAUUCAAAUCGAAAUAUAUGAAAGUAAACAAUUAAUAGCUAUAAAUUACGAUUUAGGAAUCAGAUUAGAAGUUAAAAACUUGUCUCAAAAUCAUCCCUUAACAAAAGAAAUGUAAUAUAUAUAAAAUAACAUAUUAAUAAGCAACAUGCAAAAAGUGUAUCUCGUAUCAGAUUAAGUUUCUCUUAAUUUAAAAUUUUGUCAAAUGAACGGUAUGGAAGAUGUGAUUUAAAUUAUAUCUGCAUAAUUUGAAAGAUAUUUUUUUUUAUAGUUUUUCUGAAUAAAAGUAAAUUAUUGCAACUGUUGAUUUCAUCUGUAAUUUCAUUCCAUAAUUUAGGACUAUAGAAUUUAACAAAAAUUGAGUUUUUUUAAGUCUUCCAAAAGGAAUGUCUAGUCUUCUUGUUUUUCUGAAAUUAUAUUAAAGAAGUGGAAAAAAAUGAAGUGGGAAAAAAUAAACAGAAACAAAUAAAAAACAACAAA